CCACCUCCAUCUGAAAAGUGGGGGAUGGUGAUGAAGCCAUUCUGUACUUUCUUUUCUUUCUUUUUUUAAGCGUCUUGAGGAUUACAGUUUUUUUUUAUUUUUAUUUUUUUAUUUCAAGUCAAACAAUCCGAGGUUCAUACAAUUCUUUAUUUGGUUUUACGCACUGAAAUGAAGGCCAUGCGUAACUUCUGCGUCGGAGUGGAAAGUUUUAACUGAGGAAUAGAAUAAAGAAGGAGAGACGAAGAAACUCUCUCUCUCUCUCUCUCUCUCUCUCUCACACACACACACACACACACACACACACACACACACAUCCGCUAUUAUGUGACCGAUUCUUCAAUUAUGACUUCAGAUUGGUUCUGGGAAACACUUUCUGUCGCAGGACGCAUGGACUGGCACGGAUACAAAUGAACCCAAAAGUCCAGAUUGUUGUAGUAUUGUUGUUGUCGCUGUGUAAAAUGUCCUCCAGCUCCAUCGUUGGUCGAUUUGGGAUGCUUUGGGUUUGGGUCAGCACUGUGAUGGUGAGCCAGGCCGUGAUGUUACACAAAAACGAGAGCAUGUUCAACGACUUUUGCAAGAAAACGACGACGUGUGAAGUGUUGAAGUACAAUACGUGUCUGGGUUCGCCUCUGCCGUACACGCACACGUCUCUGGUGCUGGCUGAAGACUCCGAGACACAAGAAGAAGCUUUUGAGAAGUUGGCCAUGUGGUCUGGUUUGAGAAAUGCUCCUCGCUGCUGGGCGGUCAUUCAGCCUUUACUGUGUGCUGUUUACAUGCCCAAGUGUGAGAACGGCAAAGUGGAGCUGCCCAGCCAGACCCUUUGCCAGGCGACCCGCCGACCCUGCAGCAUAGUGGAACAGGAGCGAGGGUGGCCCAACUUCCUGAAGUGUGAGAACACGGACAAGUUUCCUCUCGGUUGUCAGAACGAGGUGCAGAAACUCAAAUUCAAUACAUCAGGACAAUGUGAAGCUCCUCUGGUAAAAACCGACAUCCAGGCCAGCUGGUACAAGGACGUGGAGGGCUGCGGCAUUCAGUGUGACAAUCCCCUCUUCACGGAGGAGGAACACUCCGACAUGCACGACUACAUCGCCAUCUUCGGUUCAAUCACCCUGCUUUGCACUUUCUUUACAUUAGCGACGUUUCUUGCCGAUUGGAAAAAUUCCAAUCGCUACCCGGCUGUAAUCCUCUUCUAUGUCAAUGCCUGCUUCUUCGUGGGUAGCAUUGGGUGGCUCGCUCAGUUCAUGGACGGUGCGCGCAAAGAGAUCGUGUGCAAAAGCGACAACACCAUGCGGCUUGGAGAGCCCUCAUCGACAGAGACGCUUUCGUGUGUUAUCAUUUUCAUCAUCGUCUACUACUCUUUGAUGUCAGGGGUCAUCUGGUUUGUUAUGCUCACCUACGCCUGGCACACAUCUUUCAAAGCCCUGGGCACUACGCACCAACCUCUGUCUGGAAAGACGUCAUACUUCCACCUGGUCACAUGGUCCAUCCCGUUUAUCCUCACAGUGGCUAUACUGGCCAUUGCACAGGUCGAUGGAGACUCUGUUAGUGGAAUCUGCUUUGUUGGCUACAAAAACUACAGAUACCGCGCUGGGUUUGUUCUUGCUCCAAUCGGCGUGGUACUCACUGUUGGUGGCUAUUUCCUUGUAAGAGGUGUCAUGACACUAUUUUCUAUCAAAAGUAACCAUCCAGGACUGCUGAGUGAAAAAGCAGCAAGCAAAAUCAACGAGACCAUGCUGAGACUUGGCAUAUUUGGUUUUCUUGCAUUUGGUUUUGUUUUCAUCACUUUUGGAUGCCAUUUCUACGACUUCUUCAACCAGGCGGAAUGGGAAAGGAGCUUUAGGGAAUUUGUUCUGUGUGAAGCUAAUGUCACUAUAGCUCAUCAGACCAAGAAACCGAUCCCGGAGUGCACCAUUAAAAACCGGCCCAGUCUGCUGGUGGAGAAGAUCAAUCUGUUCUCUAUGUUUGGUACCGGCAUUGCCAUGAGCACAUGGGUAUGGACCAAAGCCACUAUUCUCAUUUGGAAGCGCACCUGGUGUAGGAUAAUUGGACGCAGUGACGAUGAGCCAAAGCGCAUCAAGAAGAGCAAGAUGAUUGCCAAAGCGUUCUCGAAGCGAAAGGAACUCCAAAUGGACCCGGAAAAAGAAUUGUCCUUCAGCAUGCACACGGUGUCCCAUGAGGGACCGGUGGCGGGUAUUAACUUUGAACUGAAUGAGCCGUCCAUGGAAAUGUCCUCUGCAUGGGCCCAGCACGUGACAAAGAUGGUGGCACGAAGAGGUGCCAUUUUACCUCAGGACAUCUCAGUUACACCCACUGGGACACCUGUGCCGCCUCCAGAAGAGCGAAACAAAUUGUGGAUGGUCGAAGCCGAUAUCUCCCCUGAGAUGAUGAAACGUAAGAAGAAAAAGAAAAAGAGGAAGAAGGAGGUGCGUUCAGUAGCGCCUGUUGAAGAGGGUGUGAAUCCCCGUCACAGAGAGUUCGGUGCCAGCGCUGUCCCUCGCCUCCCCAAGCUCCCGGCGCAUCGCAGCCUCGUGGCUAACCUGUGGGAGCGGCAACGGCAGCAAGAGGAGAACGUCCUUCCAGGUUCCUUCCCAGAAUUCCGACCUUCCUGUCCCAUUCCAUACCAGGAGAGAUACGGAGGGCUUGGCUAUGUUUCAUCCAACCAGCCUAGCAGGGAGCUGGGCUGUAACCUCUCCAACCCACUGACGCUAAGCCAGUACGAGGGACGAGGUCAGUUGAAACAACCGGCCUGGCAAUCUAAUGGACAUAAUGGAGUGUUCCGCUAUUCAGGUCACGAGAUGCCUUCGUCAGUGGGUGGUGGCAGGACAGGCUUUACAGCACCUCGAUCAGAGGGCAGGAAACCAGUCACAGCACCAAUCCACUCUAGAACCAAUCUAAUGGAGGCAGAACUCAUGGAUGCUGACUCUGAUUUUUGACUUCACCCCGUAUUACGUUGCUCUGCUGAGUUUGGUCAAAAAGUGCUGGAUACUUUGCACCACAAAUUGAUAGAAACAUUUAAGACAGGGUUCCUGUCACUGUGCCUAUGUUGGUAUGUGGGGCAUGUUUGUAUGAUGAGCUCAAUAACUGGUUGGUGAUUUCUUUGUUUCUUUCUUAAAUGUUACGAUAGAUUAGGCACAGACGGGUUCUGACUGAGCGCCACCAUAAAUAAGGCUGACAAUUUUGCCAUCACUAAUGCUAAGCUAUUGAAGUCUCUGACGCACGUUGAGCUUCAAAUCCUGAGCUGUGUGUAUUGGGUGCAUCAAGUGUGCCUGGACAUUUGGAGAGAUGAAGCUAAUGAAGCUGACUCAAACAAAUAAGCACCCUCGAGGUACAAGAAACUAGGAACUUCAUCCUCAGAAAAGUUACGCUACAGUUGUGAGGUUAUAAAAUAUUGCUAAUUUAAAAUGAUUUGGCAUGAUAAUAUUAUUAGGAAUGAAUGACAGGUCAUCGUUUGUGUGAACUGCAUGGCAGUUUUUCAAAUCGGCACACAUAAAACAGCUUAUUGCAGGGUUGGGUACAGGCCACCUUGGGCAAGUUUUGUUAAAGGAGCAUGGCAGGACAAGGUACCACUGGAAAGUUCACAACAUGCAACGAAAAUGGCUGGUGCAUUACAUUUACAUUUGCUUAUUUGACUGAUGCUUUUCUCCAAAGAGACUUAGAAAUUCAGUUAGUAGCUCAAAGCCUUAACCACUGAGCCACCACUUCCCUGCAUGUCUCAUAGGUCCUCCUGCGUCAGUUUCAAACUGAGCAGUGUUCAGCACUUUGGAGUUAAUGUGCAUUGAACCGGAUCAUAGCACCGUUAUAUAUAUUGUGAAAAUGCAAACUUUACGUAAUGAAUUACAUCUCAACACCACAAAGAAGAUCGGACUGACUGCGCAGUAGCUCCGUUUUAUCCGCAUGCUACUCUGUUUCUCAGACCUGGCUCAUGCAGUUGUGGAACUGAUCGAAACAAACGAUAGUGUUAGUACUUUGUUACAAAGAGAAAGUGUAUUCUUAAAUAUUUUUAUUAUCAGUACUUUCAUAUGAAGUUGCCUGGUGCAAUUAAGAACAAGUUUCAUUGUAGACGUAGGCAAUGUGAAUGCGAGGUCAUUUUUAAUGAACUGACUGUAAAGAAGCUGAAAAUGCCAUUAUCAAAAUUGUUUGUGUUUGUUGACGUCUUCAAUUCAAAGUGUUUGCUGUACAGUUCUAUCAAAAAGGCUAUUUUUGUACCUUAGUAUGUAAUUUCUUUCACUUAUAUCCUGUGCUUUGGCUCACUUUUGCAUUGUAUUUUGCAAAUUUUCUAAUGCCUUGUACUUUUAAUUAUUGAAUGAUUUUUGGAUUUGAAUUUUGCACGUUUCAAUUUGAAAAUGGCAUUGUUUUGAUUUGAAAUUUCAUAUGAAGCUUCAUAAUUUACUCUCAGCGUAAUUGACUCUAAUUUGUAUACCAUCAUUUGAAUGGUUAUAUAAUUGAUUAGUACUGAAUUUAAAAAAUAAUCAGAUGUACUGAAUUCUACAUUUUGGCUUCGCAGUGCAUGUAAAAUUCAAAUACAUUUGUAAGCAGAUUUAAUUCUAUACAACCCAAAGUGAGCAAAUGAGUACAGAUUCAGACAUUGGCUCUUACUGUUCAAUCUUGAAAUAAAGUUGUAUUGUUGUUUUAGGUAAUGCUGGACAAUUUACAAGUAAAUCAAUCUGUAUUCAGCUUGAUAAAUGAGGCCCGUUUUUAAGAGAUUACAACGCCUCAUGAUGGACCUAAAUUUCAUCAGAUGUGUCUAAAAUCUGAGGUUGUGCUUCAAAUUCAAAAUUGAAUUGUGUACAUCUGAGAAUUUCACUUUCAUUCAAUUGAAAAUCAGUUGGUUUUAAUUAAAAACCCAAAACGUCACAUGUACUUUCAAAAUAAAACAUUAAAAUCUAAACAAGAGGUACAAAAUUCAAAUCCUGGUGGCACCAAUGUCUUUUUAUAUGUAAUAUAGAAAGAAUUGUAGUAUAUUCUCCUGUCCUUACUAACCUCCUGUCCAUGCAACAAUGUACUGUGCAGUAUUUUUCAUAUCAACAAAAUUCAGUUUACAAGAUAUGGUCAAUAGUCAAGCUUCUGAAAGAUGACAUUUCAUUGCUGCAAUACUUUUACCUUUCCUGUGAUCACUAAAAUAAGCUCUUUGGACAAGGAACACGUUAAAAACUUUUUUUUUGCUACAAAAUGCUGACUUUUUAUAGGUAUACAUUGUUGCUAUUUGUAUACAUAUCUAUAAGAGAUAUACAUACAGGUAAACAAAAACAGUUGUAUAGGUUUUUAUGAAUGACAUGGUGAAUAAAGUAAGGUAUAUUCAUGUAAAAAAAAAUUAAUUAAUUAAGCCUUACAUUCCACCAAAUCUUAGAGAAAUAUUACCGAACAGUAGAAAGUAUGAGAAGACAUAUUCCACAUUUUACUACCUGAUGAAACACAAAUAAUGGGAACAUGUAGUGGUUUCUCUUAGACCUUGAUGCUUGUGUAAUUGUUAUUAGUGGUAUUAUCUGUCUUCUAAAUGGAUUGAUAUCAAGAUGUAAACUAUCUGAAUGGUUUAACGGGUGAUGUGACUGGUUUUAGAUGUAUUUGUUGGUUUUGUAAUGGGAUUCAGUGUUUCACAUCUGUGAUAUUAACCUCUGUAAUUUUCCUGAAUUUCAGGUUUUCUGCAGAGAACAUGGUGGUUGUCAAGAGAGAAAUGGCAAAUAUUCCAUUAAGAGACAAAAAUGGGUUAAUUACAAAAAAUGUGUUCUGUAACUGAAUCAAGAAUGCAGACCAUUAGACCAGUUUCCAAUAAGAAGUGAAGUGAUAUUUCAGUUUUUUUUCCCAGCAGGCUCAGUGCUUAAGAUGUUUUUAUUCACCUACAGAUUGUGAGACCAUCCAUGUGGGACAUAUAGCUUAUAAAUUCUCUGAUUUGUAAAAUAGUGAUUUCUUUUUAAAGCUUCCCUACAUGGUAUAGUCUUAUGUUAAGUUAUGGUUUUCAGCUUAUACUUCGAAAUGAUCUUAAAGCUGUAUUUUGUGCAUUCGUUUAUAACAAUAAACAAAUUAUAUUUGACACUGUA